GCGCUGUGUUCCGGCGGUGGCCCCGUCCCGGCCCGUCCUCGCCCCCGGAGAAAUCUCCAUGCAAGCGUACAUGUCACCAUGUGGGAUCUUUACAAAAAAAUGCAAAUAACCUAAAAGGUUGAGUGCCUGAAAUAGGGGCAGCCAUGGAGAAAGGAGGUAACAUACAGCUGGAGAUCCCAGAGUACAGCAACUCUGUACUGAGCCAUCUCAACCAACUGCGAAUGCAAGGUCGCCUUUGUGACAUUGUGGUCAAUGUGCAGGGACAGACAUUCCGCGCUCACAAAGUUGUGCUAGCUGCCAGUUCCCCCUAUUUCCGGGAUCACAUGUCCCUAAACGAGAUGAGCGCUGUCUCGCUUUCAGUCAUCAAAAACCCUGGGGUUUUUGAGCAGCUUCUUACUUUCUGUUACACGGGCCGGAUCUGUCUGCAACUUGCUGACAUUAUCAGCUACCUAACGGCCGCAAGCUUUUUGCAGAUGCAACAUAUUAUCGACAAGUGCACUCAAAUCCUAGAGGGUAUCCACUUGAAGAUUAGUUCUCCAGAAUCUGAGGAAGAGCGAAGUCCAAGCCGGCCAAAGCAUACGGAGAGAGUUCAAGAUUCCAAUCGUGUUAGCCAGAGCCUAAGCUGUUCCAUAAGUCCACAUCACAGCACACCACGAACCUCAGGCACUCGAAGAGGGCAGGUAAGCACAGUUCUGGACAUUCGGGAGUUGAGUCCAGCUGAGGAGUCCACCAGUCCUCAAAUGGCGGAGCAGGGAUCGGAUGUGGAGAGCAGGGAACCAAUUCUACGUAUCAACCGGGCAGGGCAAUGGUAUGUGGAGACAGGGUCUGCAGACCGUGGAGAGCGUAGUGAUGAUGAGGUGAGGGUGAUGGGAGGCCUCCGCAUCAAGACUGAGAACCUAGAUGAAUGGCUUGGGCCGGAAAACCAGCCUUCUGGUGAGGAUGGCAGCAGUGCAGAGGAAGUGACUGCCAUGAUGAUCGACACAACAGGGCAUAAUUCUACUGGGCAGGGGAACUACACCUUGGGAUCAUCUAGCACGAAAGUAUCCAGGCCAACAAGCAGUGAUGUAGACAGAUUCAGCCCAUCUGGUAGCAUGGUCACUAUGACAGAACGACAUCGAGCAAAGAGCGAGUCUCCGAGGAGGAUAGAGGAGCAGAAACAGCACAGCUCCCAGGGAGACGAAACCGGUGUUAUUGGAGUAAGUGGUUAUGUAGAAUAUCUCCGUGAGCAAGAGGUAUCAGAGAGAUGGUUCCGUUAUAACCCACGUCUCACUUGCAUCUACUGUGCAAAGUCUUUUAAUCAGAAGGGCAGUCUUGACCGACACAUGCGGCUGCACAUGGGUAUCACUCCUUUUGUGUGCCGGAUGUGUGGAAAGAAAUACACUCGCAAGGAUCAGCUGGAAUAUCAUAUACGGAAGCAUACGGGUAACAAACCCUUCCACUGCCAUGUGUGUGGGAAAAGCUUCCCCUUCCAGGCCAUCCUCAAUCAGCACUUUCGGAAGAACCAUCCUGGUUGUGUUCCCCUUGAGGGACCUCACAGCAUUUCCCCUGAAACCACCAGUGUUGUUACCUCUAGAGGUCCAGCUGGGGAAGAAUCUCCUCCUCAUGACGAAGGAGGAGGUGUGGCUCCCUCAGCAAAUGCCGAGGCGGCAUACGGAGGCGAGACAACUCAUGGUUCUGUGUCUACUACAGGUCCAGAUUAAAACCACCAGAGCAUAUGCUAAAGGAGGACAUUGAGAGACUAAUAUGCUCCCCUAUACCUCAACAAUCCCUCACUAUUCAUCAUCCUUUGCUGUUACUCUCUAUUUCACACACAGGACAUCAUUAAGCAGGAUCUGAGGCUUUUGUUGUAAACCGAAUUCAAGCAAGUUGGAUGUUUUAAAGAGUGAUUUUAUUAUUUUUUUUAUUGCCAAAAGCAGCAAAGAAAACCUGUAUUAUCUUCCUCUGAUUUUCCUUUUUCUUCUUCUUCAUCCAGACUUGAAGUAAAUAACAGUUGCUAUAUUUUAUUUCAGACUUAGGAAAUUAAGCUACAGAUUUUAUUUGAUUUUUUUUUUUUUUGGUGAAUAAUUCUUUCUCCUCCCCUACACACAGACUAAAGGACAUCUGGUUGUACGUGUUGGAAUUUAGAAUUUUUGAGAAACAGCAUGUUGUUUAAUGCUAGGGCUUUCUUCCGAUACACGCUUGGCGAGUGUUGUAUUUGAUUCUGCAGACAUUUUAAACGCUGAGAUAAUGCAGAGAAGAAGAAUUUAAGGUGCUUGGAGCUGCUAGCACAGCAAGCUCAGGGAAUUUUUCCACAAUAUCUAAGAAGGGAGUAAAGUUCUUAUUCUAACUCAUUAGUGAUGAAUCGAAAACCUAUUCAAAAAUGUUGAGUCAGGUUGCACUACAUUAAAUAAGACAGACUAAGUAUAUUGACCUACAUUUUAAUAGAGCUAAUUGAUUGGCCUGUCAUGCUACAGAAUUACCUUUAGAAUUCCCCAGUAUGAAUUUCGAUGGACCCAAAAUAUUCUGCUUUGAUUUAGGAAGGAUAUCAGGAUUGUAAAGCUAGGUCAAAGUAAAAUUCCCUUCUCCUCACGCUAUGAUUUAAACAAUAGAUUAUAGUAUUUGAGUUUAUGUGGUAGAUUCAAUAUUUCUUUAUUCCUGAUAACCGUAAUCAACUAACCCAAAUAGUGUUCAAAAGCAGUUUAUAAAAUCCAGAAACACCCUUUCAUUAUUUUUAUUUAAAUAAUUGUAAGGCGCUUCUAAGCGCCACAAAUCUGUACUGGCACCUUCACGUUUCUCUUUAUUUCUUUCACUUUUUUUUUUUUUUUUUAGAUUAUAAUUUGUAUUUUUAAUAAUGAGGAUUAUUAAAUGUGUCUUUCAUACAUCUGUCUGCAAACAGACAGUAUUCAAAAACAUAAGUCCACAUUAGUUUGAAACAGUUUCAGUAUUUUCUUUUUUUUUUUUUAAGCAGAAGAAUUUGAGAGUUUUGGAAAAUGUUAUAAUGCAGGUCUCUGGUGUCUUAAACCAUUUAGGACUAAUGAUAUGUGACAAUAACCAAACGCUUACUGAGCCUUAGAUCUGAAGCAUUACGCUUUAAAGGAAUACACCAGGAGCCUGACAUUCAACCAUGCAUCCUUUUAGUCAUCAUGUGAACAUUAGCGCUGAUUUUUGAUUCUAGUGGCUUGAGCGUUGCAAAAGGCCUUCACAGUUGUUUCACCUUCUUAGUUUCAUACUUUCAGGAUAAGUUUGGAGCCCCUUCCACUAUGUAUUUUCCUUAAAUACAUGCAUAUCACUUUCCACCUAGGCAUGUGCAAUACUUCAAGGAACAGUAUCUUAUUCACAAAAAUAAAUGAAAUCCACUUGUGACCAUGUCUUCUAUUCAGCGGUGCUAUUCAUUCUAAUUACAUUGUAUUUUGAAGUUAAUGAGAUACUGCUGCUGGCUGGAUUACACAUGAUCAUGUGACCAUUAUUGAUUUCUGUAAGGAACUGGUGAUUGUGCAAAUAGGUUUCAUUAUACACACACCUACGUUCAGUGAUUUACUCAUAGGAAUGAAUGGGAGAUCCAGGAGAAAGCUAUAAUUUCCUGUUUUUUUUAUUUAGCGUGGGAGGAUCAGAGCCAAGGAAUUUGUUGCAAAAUAAGUUGCUUUUUUAAUUUUAACUUUUAAUUCUUCCUGUUUAAUUUAUCAAAAUGAUUGUUAAUAUUUUAGUUAUACUUUAUAAUUAAAGGGUCCCUCCUGAGUGGUGAUACCACUCAAGUUUAAUGCUUGAUAUAUGAAAUAAAAAAGUAACAAAAAUCGCCACAUUUACCUUGUUUUACAGCAAAUCCCCAAUCUCUGAUUCUUCUACCCUGACUUCCUGUUCAACCAGGAAAUAGCUGAGAUUUAUGCGCCAGUUAUGGUCUUUUUGUACAUUUCCCUUAUAUUUUGCAUAGAAGCAAUUUAUAGGAUAUAUACGUGAGCCACUUCUAGUGUGUGGGUUAAAAUAAUAAUUUGCUCAUGAAAACCAAAAUAGAUUGAUUUGAUGGGGAAAACGCAGCUAUUUUAUCAGAUUUUCAUGAUGCAGUUUUGUACAUUUUCAUCCAGGAAUGUCCAUUUAAGGUUUGUUUGUUUUUAUUUAGGUAAAGCACAAAAUAAGACAAAAAGUAACAGUAUAUGAAUCUCACUUCAUUGACUUAAUGCAAAGUCAAUCAAAAAUACUGUGUUGAAUUCGGAAAAAGAAAUCUACACAAAAUUAAUUUUAAUGCAUAAAACAGGUUGUGAAUCCAUUCUGAACAG